AUGGAGGGGCCAUGCCAUGGGACACACCUCCCACUGCUCAGCACCCACACAACUGCCGGUCCCCAGUGUGACCUGCAGGGCCUGUGGAGGAACGAGCUGGGCUCCAACAUGACCCUCUUGGCUCUGAACACAGACAGCACCUUCUCGGGCUUCUACCACACUGCUGUGACAGCCACCAACAAGCAGAGCCUGGGGUCACCCCUGCAAGGGGCCCAGCAGCACCCCGGUGCCAAGAGACACCCCACCUUCGGCUUCACCGUGCACUGACAGUUCUCAGGUACAGCAGUGCCGCCAGACUCCACCACAGCCUUUGUAGGCCAGUGCUUUGUGGAUCGCUGUGGGAAGGAGACACUGGAAACCACAUGGCUCCUGUGGGAAGAGGUCCCAUCCCACAGGGACACCUGGAAAGCCACCAGCUGAGCCCUGUCCUGGCCCUCCCACCCCACAGCCCUCACUCCCCUCCUCCUGACAUGUCUUCCUUGCAGGGUU